UCCUUCCCGUCCAUCAGCCUCUAACUAAGUCAUCCCUUUUUACCGUUACCUCUUCAUACACGGUUUCCAGCCUCCUCCGUACCCUCCCCCACUUUUGCAGCCCCUCAUCCGGCUUCACAUUCCAACAACUGAAUUCGCGACCCUACCUUCCGUUUUAUCCAUUACGAGGCAGUUCUUUAUUCUUUCUUUCAUAUUUGUCUACAAUUAUCCUCAUGUCAUACAUAUACAGAGAGCGUGAACGAGAACGCGACUGGGAUGAACCUCGUUCUCCAGUUACGAUCAAACGUUACGUCAUCUCCCCCGAAGAAGAGCGAGAGCGAGAGCGAGACGUUCUCUACCGACGCGAAGAUCCCUUGACUGGUGACCGAGAGAUGGUGAUUCGGCGGUCUACUGACCGGGAGGAGCCCGUCAUGCUUCAGCGUUACGAGCGCGAUGUUGACUACGAUUCCCGCAGCUAUGACUACCGUUCCGAGAGGGAUUAUUACGAACGUGAGUACAAAGAGCCUGAACAGCUCCAUCGCUAUGAUCCUACCCCCGUUGUCAUUCUUGAGAGACAACCAGUACUUAUGGUUGAAGCUCGAGGUCCUGUCUACGUCAACCCGCGGGAAUCCGACUAUGAGGUUGUCCAUCGCUCCGAAGUGGACCGAGAACCCGGGUACUAUUAUCAUCGCCGUGUUCGCGAAUAUGACAACGAUCGUCGUUUUCACCGUGAACUUAGCCCGAGCGACUCAGUGUCCCAGACUACCCGUCGUCGGGAUGACCGGGAUGAUCGCGACUAUAGCAGCGAUGAUAGCAUGGUCUACAUCCGCAAAGAGACCCGUGAGUAUGAUGACCACCCACACCAUCGACGUCAUCUUGCCGAGGGUGCUUUGGUGGGAAUUGGUGCUGCAGAAUUACUCCGCAGUCGUCGGAAAAAGGAAGGGGAAGACGUCUCGAGUGGUGUGGGUCGUCUCGGACGGGAUAUUGGUGCUGGUGCCCUGGGUGCUGUAGCAGUGAAUGCGGCAUCCCGAGCCAGAGAUUACUAUCGUAGCAAGAGCCGGCAUCGUUCGCACUCAUUUGACGAUGAUCGAAGCUCACGCUCGCAUCACCACCAUCAUCAUCACAGUCACAGCCACUCCCGUCGCAGCCGCAGCCGCAGCCGCAGCCGCUCUCAUUCUCAUUCCCGAGCGAGAACUUUGGCAGAACUUGGCCUCGGUGCUGCCGCUAUUGCUGGCGCCGUGGCCCUUGCUCGUAACAAAUCUAAAGAUGAGCGACGAAGCCGUUCUCGCCAUCGAAGUAGGUCCCGACACCACCGUUCAUCUUCUGUCGGGUCUGGAAGGACUACCGAUGGCGAAAAGCGCAGCGAGUCGCAACGCAGAAAGCAUAUGGCGGGCGCUGGCUUGGCUGGCGCUGCGGUGGCUGGUCUCGUGGAGAAGGCACGCAGUCGCUCCCGCUCUCGUAAGCGUGGAUCGCGAUCUCAUAGCAGGCUCAGGAAAGCCCUCCCUGUCGUAGCGGCUGGCUUGGGCACUGCUGCCGCCGCGGGGCUUUACGAAAAGCACAAGGAGAAGAAAGAAGAGGGCGAAGCUUCGCACCGCAGGGCACGAUCGAGAUCUCGAAGCAGGGCGCCAUCCGAAGUCUACCCUGACCCGACACGGGACUCGGCUGGUUUGAUCGAGUAUGGUCAGGAUCCGGUCCACGGAAGGAUCCCCACGGCAGACUACUACGGGCGGCCUACUAGUCAACAGGCUUAUUACUCUGAUGCUUCUGACCCGGCUGUGAGCGGCACGGGAUUUGGCUCGUCCCGACACCGUGGUCGCAGCAUUAGCCGCAGCCGCAGCCGGAGCCGUGGUGGAAGACACAGUGGUAGUCCGUCUGGGUCUGACAGCAGCGAUCGCAGAAGACGGCGAAGGAGACAAGAUAAGCAUCGUAGCCGGUCUCGUGACUUAACUGAGGCUGCUUUGGCCGCAACCGGCGUCGGUUAUGCGGCUCACAAGUAUUCGCAGCGGAGAGAGCGCAAGAAGGCGGAACAAGAGAGGGAAAGGCCAAGUGAGUGGCCGUAGCAGAUUGAGAGGGUCACAGUGUGGUCGUACUAAUAUCCCUGGAUCAGGUUUUGACGAGGACACACGCCAGGACUCGUAUGGCGAACCGUUUAGCCCUGAACCAUAUCAUCACACUGCUCUGCCUCCACAGCCGGUUGAACAGCAAUACUACCCUAAUACCAAUUAUUUCCCACCACCUCCGGGGUCCGCUCCUCGACCAGCUGGAAGCACAGCCCCGUACAACCCGGCUGAUUAUCCUCCUCCACCCGGCGCGGUUCCACCUUCGCAGCCAUAUGGCUAUCCUCCCCCUCCAGGACCCGAGUCAUUCGUGUCUCGCCCCCGCAGGGCAGAUGAGAAUGUGAGUGCUGCAUGGAACUCUUCCCCUCCCACUUCCCAAGCUCAUAUGGAUGAUGGUUUAAAUAUCCAGUCUCCGUCGAGGGCACCCCGUGCGAAGAAACGAAGAUCACGCGCUGCGAGUCAGUCGCCUCAGUCUAAGUCAGUUGCUUUUGAUCUCAGUUCAGAAGAUGGUCAACAACUGGACCCGGGCUAUGAAACUGACGAUAGCGAUUCGACGAUUGGUUCGAUAAGCGGGGUUCGUCGCCACGGGCACCGUCAGCACCAUUCUUCCAGAACGGAAUCAGAGAUUCAACACAUGGCAACCGAAAAGAAACCG